ACUGGUUACGUACGGCAAGAAGAAGCAGCAUGGCGAACAAGGAGCCCAGCAGAUUUCUGCAGCAGCUGCGGGACAUAGCUGGCAGGAUGUCCUCUGGUUCUAGAGGAGCCGGUUUGGGGAUCAAGCUGCUCAUAGGAGCAGGAGCACUUGCUUAUGGAGUGAAAGAAGCCACAUACACAGUGGAAGGAGGACAGCGGGCGAUUAUCUUCAACAGAAUCGGGGGUAUGCAGAUGGACACCGUUCUGUCGGAAGGACUUCACUUUAGGAUACCAUGGUUCCAGUACCCUAUCAUUUAUGACAUCAGGGCGAAACCCAGGAAGAUUUCAUCACUAACAGGAAGCAAAGAUCUUCAGAUGGUGAAUAUCGCCCUGCGUGUGCUGUCCCGGCCUGUGGCCUCCAACCUGCCGGCCUUGUACCAGCAGCUGGGCAAGGACUACGACGAGCGUGUGCUGCCCUCCAUCGUCAACGAGGUCCUGAAGAGCGUGGUGGCCAAGUUCAACGCCUCGCAACUCAUCACACAGAGAGCCCAGGUGUCCUUGCUCAUUCGCAGGGAGCUGUUUGAGAGAGCCAAGGACUUCAACAUCAUCCUGGAUGACGUGGCCAUCACAGAGCUGAGCUUCAGCAAGGAGUACACAGCGGCAGUGGAGGCCAAGCAAGUCGCCCAGCAAGAGGCGCAGAGAGCGCAGUUCUAUGUGGAGAAGGCCAAGCAGGACCAGAGGCAGAAGAUCAUCCAGGCUGAAGGAGAGGCCCAGGCUGCCAAAAUGUUGGGUGAAGCUGUGACAAAGAACCCUGGAUACCUGAAACUCCGAAGAAUCCGAGCCGCCCAGAACAUUGCUAAGACGGUGGCUGCAUCACAGAAUAAGGUGUACCUGAGUGCCGACAGCCUGGUCAUGAACCUGCAGGAUGACUCUUUUAACAAAUUAUCGCUUGGGGGAUCAAAGAACUGACCAAUCAGAAGCUUGCAUUCCAUGUGUUACGUGUCUGUUAUGAACCAGUAAAUUUAUCAUCUAUAAGCAAGUGUCUGUCUUUUUGUAGGCAUGCCUGAGUAUUCUUCACAUUGGCUUUUCAGCUCUGUAGUCUAAUGUGUUGGAUGGUUUUGUAGAACAACUGCUGUAAGCUUCUAGUUGAUCUUCCUUAAUUGACUCCUUAACUGACUCAUUCUUGUAUCAGUAUUAGAGUGAUACAUGAAGAAUAUCUGUAUUACAAUGGUGCCCCCAAGUAUACCG